AUGGUAGACUUGGAUUCACGCUCGUCGUUCAGCUCUCACUCCACCGCCCUCCGCGACCCCGUCACCUACUCGAAACAGGGGUCGACCAAGGAUGGCGAGGUCCUGGCGUACCGCGGCGAGCACGAGGAGACCGACAACGGGUUGCAACGCCAGCUGACGUUCUUGGAACGGUGCCAGACCCGGUUGUCGUUUUUCAACUCCAACUUGCGGCCCGUCCGCCGCAACAUCGUCUCCCGAUUCAUCAUGAACUACAUCGUGAUGGCGGUGUUCAUGUUGUCGAUUUUCUCGAUCUACUGGGGGUCGAUGUUCCACAAAACCGACCACCAAAGGUAUCUUCGGAUGUUGGUGUUGAUUGAGGAUACCGAGACCAUCGACGGUAUCCCCCCCAUUUUCGGGGACCAACUCCAGAGGGUGUUGGCCACACCGCAGGCGAAGAAGAUUGGCGAGUGGCACAUUUACACCCCGGAAAACUUUACCUCAAUCGAACCCAAACACGCCAAUUCGCGGUCGGAAGCGGUGGAAACGUUGAUUCACGACCAGCGGUACUGGGCGGCCCUCCACGUGAAGCCCAACGCCACUUAUGAGCUUUACAAAGCCGUGGUCGCCGCGAAUAAGAGUUACAUCGCCGGUAACGAAACCUGGCGCAAUGUCUACGAAACGGGUCGUGACUAUGUCAAUGUCCCCACUUACGUGGUGAAAAACUGCCAGUCGAUUCAGGGGAUGAUGCUUGCCAACCAGCUGUCAAUGACGAAGUCGCUAUUUGAUGCCAUCCGGAAUAAAGGGGAAGACGCCUCCAAAAUCAUGGAGGACGGGUGGGAGGUGAUUUCGCAGCCACUCACGUUUGAGGUGUACGAUCUUCGUCCCGUGACCGACAGUACCGUGCUUGCCCCGGCUCAGGUCGGGUUGAUUUACAUGGUGCUCGUAACGUUUUUCCAAAUCAGUAUGUUCCAAGAAUUGCACACCACUGUGGGUAAGUCGGGGCUCAAACCGAGACACAUCUUAAUCUAUCGACUUUGUUCGUCGCUUCUCUCGUACUUUUGGUUAUCGCUCAUGUACUCGUUGGUGUCGUUGGCUUUCCAAAUCGACUUUACCAGAGCGUUUGGUCGGGCCGGGUUUGUCGUUUAUUGGAUGACUAACUGGAUGGCCAUGACCGCGGUGGGGACGAUGAACGAGUUGGCGGCGCAUAUCUUCAUCAUGUUUGCCCCGUCGGUGCUUGGGUUCUGGUUGAAUUUCUGGGUGAUUGCCAAUAUUUCCCCCAGUUUCACCCCGAUGGCGCUCACCGCCAAUUUCUACCACUACGGUUAUGCCAUGCCCGUGUACAACGCAUACGAGAUUACCAAGUGUAUUUUCUUCAAUACCUACAGAGGCCACAUGGGUAGAUGCUACGGUGUUCUUGCCGCGUGGAUUGUUGUUACCAAUGUUGCAUUGAUGUUGAUUAUCCCCGUCUUCAUGAGAAAAAUGGCUGCCCGUGCGAAAGCUGAGGCCGCGAAAAACGCUAAACAAGCCGCCGAAAAGGAAAAGGCGACCAACGGGGAUGCUUAG